UUGCACUCUAACAAGUUGAGGGACGGUAUGCCGGAUAUUAGUGCGGCUUCUAGCAUAUUAGCCGAUUCAAAUAUAAAUAUUGAUCUGAAAUUAGAAGCGGCAGAAUGUCGCCGUCAUGGAUAUAUUCUUACUGGAAAAUUUUUAGGCCAAGGAGCAUAUGCUAAGGUGUACUUAGGUCAUGCAACUCAAGCUAGGGUCAACUCCAACGCAAAACUUUGGAAUGCGGCACAACCAGGUCAGAAAGACUUGAAGGUCGCAAUCAAAAUAAUUUGUGCCGAUUCUGCGCCGAAAGUUUAUAUAUCGAAAUUUUUGCCAAGAGAAAUCGCAACUAUGAAUCGAUGUUACAAACAUAUAAAUGUGCUUCAACUAUACGAUAUAUUUGCAACAGUCAAAAGAGUGUAUUUAGUCCUGGAAUUUGCUACCGCUGGGGAUUUGCUGACGUAUAUAAACCGAUGUUGUGCUAAGAAUUCACCUCAUUGCGUUCCAGAGAACAUUGCAAGAUCGAUGUUUACUGAAAUAUCAGCAGGAUUGCGCUUUAUCCAUCGAAGAGGAAUCGCACACAGAGAUCUCAAAUGUGAAAAUUUGUUAUUAACUAAUGGAACAUCCAUACGAUUAAGUGAUUUUGGAUUUGCCAUCGAUACAAGUGACAAGUUAGAUUUAUUAAAAACACAUUGCGGAAGUUACGCUUAUGCUUCACCGGAAAUACUUCGUCAACAGAAGUACGAUGGAAAAAUGGCAGACCUUUGGAGUUUAGGCGUCGUACUAUUCGCAAUGGUAAACGGAGGACUACCAUUCAAAGAAUCGGAUGCAAAGGCCGUUUUAACAGCCAUGAAAAAACCUGUAUACUUCAAAAAUCAUUUAUCAACAGAAUGCAAGGAACUUAUCCGUGGAUUGUUAAGAAUUAAACCACAGAAGAGAUUGUCAAUUGACGAAGUAUUAUGUCAUCCAUGGGUAACAAAAUUUCAACAUCCGGACAAUUCUGUUGCUUUGCAGAUUCCUUCGCCCAAUCCACACAUUAGUCAUCAGAAAUUUACUGCCAUUGGUGACAUGACGAAAGGCAAUCAAGAUGAAUAUGAAUCUCAGUUUGACGAUCCCAAAAACGUAUCCCAGUAUUUAUGCAACAAAAUGAAGCCCAGUAGGAUGGCAAAAGCAAACAAACUUCAGAACAUCACUGAUAAAAGCAAAAGUUUAUGUAAAGAAUGGACAAUACCUGAUUCCGAGAAUAUGCCUGGUCGCCCGGAAAAUAAAGAAUCUUCAAAUGUAGCGAAAGAUACUAUCGAUCUUGUCCCAAAGCAAACAGAAACCACGAAAUACUUCCCACCAUCGGAGUUAGGGUCAAUACAUGUUCCAAAGUAUAAUUCCCCGACAGAAGAAAGCGUCCAUCGUCCGCAAAUGCAAAGGAAGAUCGUCGAAAUACAACCAGAUAACUUAAUCACUGUUGAAACUGAAGAAAAUGUCCAAAAAAAUGAAUCAACAGCGAAUAAACCUACACCAAUUGGAGGUAUCACGGUCACGACACUACAACCACCAUUACAAAAAGAACCAGUCAAGCCCAUUCCGGUGCCGAUGCAAAGGCGAAAAAUGGAUGAUUAUUCUUACCAUCAGAGAGCUUGGAUGUCGAGUAGAGGUGAUUGUAAUAGCCCGGCUGCUGUAAUGACCUCCGGGAAAACAUCAACUGCGCGAGAGACCGCGUCUCCGAAUGUCAUAAACAUCAGAAUAGAUCAAGUUGUAGAAUUGAAUUCGAAAACAUAUACAGAAUUUCAAAGAGUAAAUCAGAAAACAAUAGGUUUGAAGGGAAAAUCAAAAAGCGCAAAAACCGGGAUCAAAGAAAAGUUCACAGAUAUUGUAAAAUUCAAACAAGAUGCCGACAAGAAAAACAACAAACAUAUUUCAGGGCAAUCAAACAAAGGCAAGCUGAAGCCGUUGUCACCAGAAAACAAAAAAUCCAAAUCCCCAUUAUCAAAGUCUGUUAAAAAAUCACCCGAAACAAUGACGUUUGUAAAUCUUCCGGAUAAAAACAAAGACAGUGUAACAGAAUGCGGUCUGUCUUCUGGCGGUAAAGUUAAAGCCAAAUCCACAUCUCCGAGACAGGCGAAGUGCGGCAAAGGUAAAGAACGUCGUGACACUGGUACAAUAUUAAAACAAAAAAGAUCGAAUUCUCAAACACAUCAAAAUAAAGAUAAGCCUUCAACAGGUAGUCUGCAGCCAUCAGAAAAUGUUCAACAGAAAACCUCCGAGAAUAACAAGUCACAGCGCAUUGUUGUUACCACAACAAAUCACCAGUUAACUGCAACCCACUGCCAGCCUACAACUCCGUCGAUACACGUAGCAAGAACUAAGCUUCCAUGUAAAAUUUCUGUCAAAUGUGCUUCGCCUGUAAAGUAUCUUUCAUCCAAUAAGAUUCGCGAACAUUCGGAACCAACAGAUAAAGUUGUUUCUACAUCGCCCACUCACGAUCGCUAUGGUAGGAGAAUUCAAGUCCGACCAUUCUCUCGGAAAUUAAAAGGUAUCGGUGCUGGAGAAUGGUGCAGGCCCCAAGAAAAAACUAUGGUGAAAAAGUUUGCUGAUUUGCCGCAAAAUGAUCAUCCGAAUCCCGCAGAUGCCGGACAGCUCCCAACAAAAUACCAGGAAGCGUUUGAACGUUGUAUGAAUCCACAGGAACUUUUGAGUUAUAAAGUACGACGAGGGGAUUAUGGACAUGGUGCUUACAUCCGAAAAGAGAAAGGUUCCUCUCGACUGCUGUAUGCUAAAAAUCCGAUCGGAUAUGGAUACCUUCCCACCGAUCAUCCAGAAUACCAAAUGAAGCUGGAACAUGGAUGGAAGCAAAAAAUUUCACAAACUAGUAGAAUGUACGACGUUGACUACACUAAUCCGCGAUCACCAACUCGAGAUUACACGUCUCCAAAUCCUGGACAAGACAGCGGAGAAUCGAGCAGACUUCUCUAUAAACGUCUUCAGAAACCUCGAAGAUCAAUCAAUGCUUUGAAGCAAAUUUGUGAACAGAUUCAACCUUCUACGAAGACCAGAAGAAAUUUUCUGCCUUCACCCUCGACUGGACUGACAAUACGUAAACACAACACAGACUUGUUUAACACCGAUUCGAAACACCCGCAGAAACAACAGAGAGUUGUAUUGAAACUGCAUAAGAGUUGAUAUCUUUGUUUUAAUGUUUCAAAUUGCGUAUGCUUUAUUCGUUUAAUAUAACGAUUCGACAUUUUCGUAUGUGUUUUUAUGAUGCAAAUACAAAACCAUGUGCAAA